UGACGUUUGAGCAGGACCAGUUUUUCAUUAGCGCUGCAACACAAAAGAGUGAUCCAAUAUUUUCUAUCAGUGUUGAAAACGCGUAAUUUCCCGAAAUUUUUGCACGAAAAGUCCAAAUUUCGGUCGUGGUUUCGGUGUACCGGGCGGCGAGCAGCCAGAAUCGUGUCGUGUCGCCGCGAAAAGUGCGAAUUUCGGUGGGGAAAAGUGAUUGGGAGUGAAAAAGUUUGACGGCUACUUCCGCGGAAGAAGAGAACCAGAAGAGUGAUUUCACCACGCGCGAGCGAUUGCAUAAACGGUGCCCUCCCAAGAGUUUCGUGGAACGUAUUUAUUUGAGGAAAGAAAAUCCAGAACCAGGACGAUUGGGGACCAGAUUUGCUGAUUGGGAUUGGGGACAGUCGAUGCCCCAAACGGGAUAAUGCUACGGGAGCUGAUCGCCUGGGUGCUGAACAACUAUCUUGGAAAAUAUGUGGAAAAUCUGAACACGGCCCAGCUGACUAUUGCGCUGCUAUCUGGCCAAGUGGAACUAGAGAACCUUCCACUGCGCAAGGAUGCCCUCCGCUAUUUGGGACUUCCACUGCAGAUCAUCGGGGGCACGAUCGGCAAAGUAAAGCUAACCGUUCCGGUGCGUCAAUUCCGGACGGCUUCCUGGUGCCUCAACAUCGACAACGUGAACGUGGUGUGCGGUCCGAUCGACCUCAACGAAUGGAACCCGGAAAUCGAACAACAAACGGAGCUUGAUUUCAAAAUCGCCUCGUUGGACCGACUGGAAGCUAAAUGGCGAGCCCAGCGGGAGACUCCCGUUACCGAGGGAACUUAUUAUGCCUCAUCCUACUCGGGAUGGCUCAGCUACGGUACCUCGCUGGUCACAAACAUCAUUGAGAACCUGCAACUGAAAGUCAACGGAAUACACAUCCGGUACGAGGAUGGGCUGACGAUUCCGAACCAAAGAUUUGCCUGCGGGAUCAACAUUGAAGCCCUGUCCGCUCAGAGUUGCGAUUCCAAUUGGGUACCCGGACAGACGUCCAACUGGAGCCAACAGCAGGUGACAUUCAAGCUGGUCGAGUUGACCAACUUUGCCUUUUACUGGGAUCCGGUGGGCGGGAACGAGCAGGUCUACAUCAUUAAUCCGAUCAGUGCCAAAGCGCAGCUAAAGCGGGAUCGAAGCGAAACGCCGUUGCGCACCCGCAGUCGGCCCCGGUUGGUGUGCGACCUGGUAUGGGACGAAAUUAAAAUAACCCUCAGCGAUAUCCAAUACAACCAAAUGAUGCAAUGCGCCCGCGGACUGGACGACAUCGCGCGCUAUCGUCGCUUCAAGUUGCACCGACCGAACAGCACCAUACGGGAGGAUCCCAAAGCGUGGUGGCGCUACGCCAUCCGCUGCCAUGGGCUUCUUCGACAUGCGCAAAGUGAUCCGUUUGUGAUAGCUAGAGAAAAUUUACGGUAUAUUAGCGUGUAUGGUAGAGUGGUGGCCAACCCGAACGAAGUGCUCUCCAGUGACAACAAGAGUUUCAAGGAUCGAAUCGAGAGGGAACGGGACUUUGAUGAGCUGAAACUGUUGAGGGAUGUCUGCAUGGCGCGAAUGCCGUCCUUGGACAAAUCCCCGCAGAUGAACCAAGGGAAGAACAUGUUGGUUCACUUCUUCCCACAGUGGUGGGGAUGGUACAACAAUAACAACGGUAAUGCGGCGGAAUCGCCUCCUACGCCGGAGCAAAACGACGCACCCUUGGAGGCAAACUGGGGACCAGAGGAGGAUCUUAGUCCUGUGAGCAGUUUUGAGGAUGAAAUCUUGAAUGCACUCUCGGAUUCGGUGGACACCAAUUCGCUGCUGAAACGGGAUGCCGUUUUCGGAAGGUUCAACUUCGUGUUAAGGCAGGGCACUAUGGACUUCUGCAGUGCUCUAGAAAUGACCCCAAAGCUACAAGUUCAGUUUCAAAACCUUAAGCUAGAUGUAGAAACACGACCACGAAGUGGCUCGCACUAUCUUAGUCUCUCGUUAGGAUCUAUCUUUAUAAAAGAUCGAAUAACACCAAAUUCUCAGUUCCCGGAUCUGGUCAAACCCCAGGCAAAGGAAGAUUUGCAAGUCAGUGCCAAAGUUUGUCCGGUGAAAUCGCGGAGUCAAUCGCUUCAGCAAUCCCCAAUGGAACCAAUCUUCGAAGUGCAAUACGAGCGGAAACCUCUCUCCCAUGAUACCGAUUAUCGGCUGCUGGUAAAGUCCCAGUCGCUGGACAUCGUCUACAAUAUGGACGCCGUCAAAUGGCUUGUGGAGUUUUUGACCAAACCGCACCAACAGUACGAUACCAGACGGAAACUGGAAAACAUGAAGAACAAAACCAAAAUGGAGCUGAUGCGGAACAUGAAGAACAUCCUCGAGGGGCAUCUCAACACUCGGAAGACGUGGACCUUGGAGUUUGACAUCUUUGCUCCUCAAAUUAUCUUCGUUGAUAACUUUGCCGAUCGACAGAACAGCACAAUUGUGGUGGUUGACUUCGGUCGACUUCAACUGACAAACGGAAAUAAACCGUUCCCAGGAUCAGCUCUGGUGCGGAAGUCAGGCAACAAUGACAGCUCUCCGGAAAUCACGGUAGAGAAUGACGAUGAAGAUGCAUUUAUGACUCCUUGCUCGACUCCUCCUGGCUCAGAAGCUAGCUCGACCCACUCUCCGACGCUGCAAUCGGCCAUGUCAGAGUUGCCUGAACUAAACAUCACCAACGGAGAUGCCCUCGAUGAACAUUCGCUCUACCAAAAAUUGUACGAUCGGUACCACAUUCACCUAACGGAUUUGCAGGUCCUUGUCUGUCGGGGGAAAGAGCGAUGGAACUUCGCCAGCACCAAAGGCACAUCUACCCUGCACGUUUUGGACCGCUUCAGCAUAGCUCUACAGGUGGAGCGACGUGUAGUUUAUACAAGUGAUCCCCAGUAUCCUAGUCUAACACUGUCGGGAACUCUCCCGAAGCUAAACGCCCAUAUCAACGAAUACAAAGUAUCCACGCUUCUGACGCUAAGCAACAGCCUCUCAAAGGCAGGCCAAGUCUGGUCCGGUGACGUGCCGGAUGUCACAGAAGUACCACGCACCGAUCUUCAGACUCCCAACGACGAAGACAGCAGCACCGACACGAGCUCUGCCUAUCGGAAAGAAUCGGCCAACAUAAUCGUUUUCCAGUUCACGAUCGACCAAAUGUCGCUGGAAGUGCAAUCCCGGGGUAGGAGCAUAGCCGAGUUGCAGGUUUCCGGCGUAAAGGCUGGCUUCAGCCGGCGGCCCGAGGACGUGACACUGACGCUGUCCGUGCAUGGGUUGCUGCUGGCCGACGCCAUGCAAUCGUUCGGACCGGAUUUCGAGCUGCUCAUUGCCAGCCAUCGGCAUGUUGGAAUGGACAGCCUAUCGGGAAGUUUGCGACAGAGCGAGCCCUGUUCUCCCUGCUCGCCGGGGUCGCCCGAUCCGAACAUGGAGUACCGGCGACCAACCAGUCCACUGACUAUUUCGAAAGCACUGAGCAACUUACAAAAAGAGACAACUUCUCCCACGUGGAAUGCUGCCCCGUUCGGCGAUCUAGAUGCGUUGAUCACGGUGGAGAUCACCUUCAUGAACAACGAGAAAGUCGGCGAAAACCUUCAGAUGGCGAACAUUCAGUUCAACAAUUUGGACAUAAUCGCCAACCAGGAAACCAUCGUUGAACUGCUCGGUUUUGUGAAACGUGUGAUCCCGAAGGCACCCCCCAAGCCACCGGAACAGUCACGGCCGAUACCGAAACCGGAAGAUAUCAACGCUUCCACGGGUUCGAUAGCGGCAGCAGUCGGCGUCACCAGUGAAGCCCUAGACGGAGUGGUGUCUCCAGUUCGGACAGAAAUCACCUUCGACUUCCACCGGUUGAAUGUGCUGGUAUUGAGAGCUUUGAUGAGGGAUAGCUAUAUGGUAGGUCGCAAAGUGGGAACGUUUACUAUGUCCGAGGCGAAGAUCCACGCAUCGCUGGGCUCUAGUAUCACCGUGGAGGGGUCGUUGGGAGGGUUGCAAGUACUGGACCUUACCCCCGAGGGAAUCAAUCAUCAACGGAUUCUUUCGGUGGGAAAAGAUCCUCUGACAGAUCCCCCGGAAAUACGACAGGGACCGGACCUGAUGACUUCGCUAGCACAAGAGGUGUACGGAAUUCCGCCCAAGUCAACAGUCGAUGGAUUGCAGGAGGAACGGCAGGCCCUUUCUUUCGGUGUAUCCAAAGAUAUCAAUGCCGUUAUUGACGUUAGGGUAAAGAUGGCAUCGGUGUGGUUUAUUCACUGCGCUAGAUUUAUGCAGGAGUUGACUUGGUGCGCAUCGGAGUUUAAACAUUACUUGAAGAAUUUGGCGAGAUCGAUUAGGGAUAAAGCAACGGACAUGGCACUCGGAUUGGUUCAAUCGAGGGGUGACCUCAGCAGUAGUAGACCGGAGAGCAUCUACAACUCGCCUAGGCGAGCACGGAAACAGCGAACGGUUUCGCUGUCCAAGACUCAGGAAGUUCUACUGAAUUCGGAGUACACCCUGAGGGUGGACAUCACUCUGGAGACUCCGGUAUUGAUCCUUCCGAGGUCGAGCAGUAGUCCACAGGUUUUGGUCGCCCACUUGGGACGGAUAACGGUUAGCAAUACACAGGAGCUGCCGGACAGUCCUUCAAAUGAGAGCAACAUCAAUUUGACGACUACGAUUAUCAACGAAGAGAUCAGUAUAGAGGAACGGAUUGUCUACAAUUUGAGCGAUGUCGAUGGGGUGUUCGAUACGUUGGAUGACGAGAAUGAUUCCAGCCGGAUUCGUUUUGCCAAAGAAAAUUCUAUGGAAUUCAUUGAUAGUGUUGUACAGAACUAUGACCUGUACAGGAUCGACAUUAAAAAUAUCAAUCUAUAUUCGUUGGAUACGACAAACCGGAAAGGAUUUCGAUUUUCAGCGUUGCCGCGAGCAGAAGAAUUCUAUUCCUGUAAGGAGAAUGCCAUACCAAUUAUUCAUGACACGAUAUUUUCUUUGGAGAUAUCUCGAGACAUCAGUGAAAUAGAUAGCGACGGGUUUACCAUUUCCGGCCGAGUCGUAAAACCUUUAAGGGUUUCUCUAAAACGUCAACAGUAUGAACAGCUUCUGGAGACUAUAGAUAACUUGUUCAAAAUUCCAAAGGAUUUGGUUCGCCCACCUACGGAGACGACAGUUCUGGACAAGCAUCUGGAAAUAAUCGAAGAAUCGACCUUCAACGCCUACCCAAUUACGGACAAAGUCCGCCGAGGUCUCAUGUACCAAAAUAGCUUCGAAGAGCGUCCAUCGACACUCAAUCUGAAGGUCAACUUCGAGCUGCCUGCAUUCACAAUCCAGCUGAACGACAAUCGUAACGAUCCUCAAAUACAAAUCUCAUUCAUAGACUUUUCCGUACAAUUUGAGAAACGAAACAGCUAUGAAACGCACGUGAAGAUCUCUCUACGAUCCCUAAUGAUGGAGGACUUGCUUCAAUCGGACACAGCCAAGACUCGCUACAUGGUGGUAUCCUCCUCGCAGAACGACAACUACGGUCGUCCGACUUCCUCAUUUGCCUCGUUCUCCUGCCCGAACUUGGUCGGUCUCCUUGGAAACGUCGAAGAACUCCCCAACUCCCUGCCGACAAACUUCGACGACAAAACUAGCUUCUACUUUCUGGCAGCAAACAAAUCUCUCUGUCCGGAUACUCCUCCGCCGUCUCCGUCUACGCAGCGGAACAACCAGUCCACCACAGCCGACUCUGAAGAGGCCAAUCUCGUCAUCUACACCUCCGUUAUGGUCGAUCCGGCUUGUCCGGCAUUCGCCACCCAAUUCAACUCCCUCCAACAGUCCAGCUCGAUCGAUUUCAACAGCCUGGAUCUGAUCGUUUCCGUCGAGAGUUGGUUCGUACUCCUGAACUUUUUCGGUCUGCUCAGCGACGAUGAAAGCUCUGGCUCGUCACAAAAAUCCUCGUCCGAUCAAGACACACGUGAAAAAGCACCUCAAACGGGUCAUUCCAAGUUGGACAUCUCCGUGCGAUCGCUCUCGUUGGUCCUGGCCAAACCAAGCUACGAAAUCGCCAAAGCAAACGUAUCCAACGCCCAGUUCACCGUAUCGAAGCGAAACUCGGCCAAACAGGUCGAGGGAAAGCUGGGAUCCAUCACCUUGAGCGAUUUAACCCCCUACGGGUUUAUUUAUCGCGAGAAGUUCAUGACUACUGGAAACGAAGCGUUAAGUUUCGUUUACUCGCGGGAUUCGGCCAAAUCGAACGCCCGCAAUCUGCAGAAGGAUGCCCGACUCAGGAUCGAAAUGUCGUCGGUGAGAUUUGUGCACACCAAGCGAUUCAUCGCCGAAAUUCAGCUGUUCUUCAAGGAAUUCUCGCAACUGCAAACGCCUGUAAUGCGCAAGAUCAAGACCACCGACUCGAAAGCCUAUCUCAAGCAACGCCCAACCCAGCUGGGUUUGGAAAUCAAAGCCGGUGCUCCGAUUUUGAUCCUGCCGAUGGCGUUCAACAGUGAGCAGGUGAUCGUGGCCGAUCUGGGUGAGUUCACCUUGAAGAACGAAUUCCGAAUGAGUGGCGAUCCGGCAGUCAUCAGCGUGUCGAGCAACCCCAGUGUGAAGGAAGUUCUGGACGUAAUGUACGUCAAUCUUCUGCAUACAAAUAUCUUCGCCGCACGGAAAGUGGUCAAACCGGAAGGACACCUGGGCCAGGUGGAUUUUGACGACGCAGCAGUCGACAUGAAGAGCUUCUGGCUCGUGAAACAGGGACCAAGUUUGCUGAAGGAAAAAUGCCACCUCAAGCUGCAAGUCGAACGGAAUAUGGACUCGUGGAAUAGUCAUUAUGUUCCAGACAUCAGUGUGCACGGCACCCUUUCUAGGCUGGAGGCCGUCCUGGACCUGCAGCAGUACCGGCUAGUUCGAGGUUUCCUGUCAUACAACUUGGGUGAAAACUUGGACGAGCUGUACCAGCGGCCAAUGUCCAACAUUCCAAAUAGUACCUUAAGUUUAAACACGGACACUGAUCCGAUCGAGGAGGUUUGGAAGAACCUUGCCAUCCACCUGGAACUUCAGGAUGUGUCCGUUCGGUUGGAAGCGCUGGGAAGCGACCGGAAGCCCACCCCGUUAGCUUGUAUCAAUUUUAUCAAGUCGAAGCUGCUGGUGGAUAGCUUGAGCGAUGGAGCUCAGGAUAUCGAUCUGGUAUCGCAGGAGAUCCUGAUCAAGGACACCCGAUUUGAUCGGCCUUGUACCUACCAGGGUGAGAUCAGAAACGUGUUUCCCGAUAUUCUACAGCCGAUCGUGAGCGACCCCGGCGAAGGUCAAGUCCAGGCGGAAAUUCACAGCAGGAGAAGGCAAGAUUUGACCAAGUUCACCAUCCUGCUGAACAACAUGCGAUUGAUGGCGAUACUGGAUUGGUUGGAAAACGCGAAGGAUUUCAUUCUGCAACAGGAGGAUCAACCGCAGAUCGGGUUGGACAUCAAUGCCGGCGAGAGGAUAGCAUCUUCGGUGGAUGCAGGAAAACGUGCGCCCACACCGUCGGAGGAAAACAGGAUGGAGCUGAAGCUGAACAUUACGGAUUCGGAGCUGGUGCUCGUGGAAAAGACUGACCAGAAGGAUACCAAUGCUGUUAUUUUGAAGAGCACCACCGUAGUAUCGUUCCGUCCUUUCGAGUUGGCCAAAACCAUGUCAAUCAACUUGAACAACUUGGAAGUGUGUUCGUGCGUUCUCGGUGCGGAAGAUGGCACCGCUCUGUCCAUCAUCGAUCCCGUCACGGUUAACAUGGACCUGCGGCAGGGUGUGCUGGACGUGCAGAUGCAGAAGCAGCUGUGCAUUCGGCUGUCCUACCACGACGUGAAAAUGUUCCAACGGAUGCUGGAGUCGUUGCCGGGCCAAACAAAGAAUGCUCGGGACAGCAGUAAACAGGCCAGUAUGGAAGAUGGGGUCGAGAGUAAUACGGCGGUGGAAAAGCUGGUUUUGCUUGGGUUCAAUCGGGAGGAUUGUCUGGAGGCAUUGGACAAGUGUCGCUAUCAGAUUGAUGACGCGGCGCUGUGGCUGACGCAGAACUCUGAACCGCAGAAAUACGAAUCGGUGGCGCAGAAAAGUGGUACUACGGUUGAAGCGAUAGAACUGAAGGCACCUUGCAUAUCGAUUUGUGUGAUUGACGACUGUCGAGAUGCGGAUGUGCCGUUGCUGGAGUUGUCCCUGAGUAAGCUCGAUUUGAGACAGGAAUUGGGUCAAAGCACGAUGUCUAUGGAUGGUACGGAUACGGCUCUGGAGGUUUUCUCCCCAACGACCAACAAUUUCGUUGGAUUUAAGGCCGGACGUAUGGUUGGAGUAUUCGCUGGCGAUUAUUACAAUCGGGCGCUGAGCGGUUGGGAACCCCUGAUCGAACCGUGGAAGGUUGAAGCGCAAUGGGGAUAUUGUUUAGGGCAAACAGGGACCAGCAGAAAUUUGCUGAACCUAAGGAUUGAGAGCAAUGAUACUUUAAGACUGAAUAUUACCAGUACAUUAAUAGAUUUAUAUCAGAUGGUUAAGGAGAAUUGGACGCAGGAUUAUUACAACUCUAAUAACGUAAAUAUGGCCAAUAGAAGUCCAGUAAACUACCGCAGACGCACACCGUUUAUUCCGUUCGCGAUUAAAAACGACACCGGAGUUCGAAUUUGGUACACUACCGUAAUAUCGACGGAAGUGUCGUCGCGUUCAAGUGUUCUAACCGAUCCCAACACCCAGUGGACACUUGUCGACCCUGGAGGAACGGCAACCUUUUCGUAUGCCACUAAGAGCAAGCAAAGGCAUCGAGAUACCCACAAGUUUAACCUACAUCAGAUUGCGGUGCGUGCCGAUGGAUGGCAAGAAGUGGGACCAAUCUCUGUGGAUCGGGUGGGAACCUAUUUCCGGCACGCCCGAGCCGAUAUAGUCGACAACUAUUCGCAAAUACCACGUGCCCGGAUUGUGUUUGCCGUGACCCUGGAAGGUUCAGCUCAGAAGCUCAUCACGGUACGGUCUGCACUAAAGUUGACCAACAAACUGGAUAAUCCGGUUCUGGUGAAGAUGGAACACCUGUUCGGUCAUCUCAGCAUUCGCGAUUGGCCUGACACCAAGGCGCAGAUACUGCACUCGAACGAAGUGCUUAACAUCCCGUUGACCCACGUGCAUGCGACUCUUUUCUUCCGGCCACUUCCGCAGAACGUUCCACUGAUCGAAGAAGUGAAUGCCAACAAUUCCCGAUCGGAAGAACUGAGUAACUCAAGUGAUGGGUGGACCCUGCUGCAAAAGUUCGAUGUUCAUAAGUCCUUCAACAGCAACAACGGAUUCCAGUUUACCGACAAAGGCGUCAAAUGGAACGAAACUAUGGAAACGGGAGAAGUGUACCAGGAGCUGAGAACUUGCCGAGGAUUGCGAGAUAGGUCUUACCGCAUGCUGGUCGCUCUCCGUAAGGAAGGAUACCCAACGAGGGACGUGCUACCCGGACAUCAAAUUACCAUUUGGCCACCGCUUCGUAUCCAUAAUCUGUUGCCGUGCGAUCUGCUGUACCAGCUUCCGUCUGGAUCGCAUGGUCGGAUUUCCGCCUCGGAAACAGCGAAAAUAAUAGAAUUGGAUAUAGAAGAGUCAGUGGCGUUGACUGUGACUCUCGACAGCUAUCCAGAUGCGGGACAGAUAAGUAUUCCUGCUGGUUUUUACGGAUCGGCUGAACAGGACGUGAGAUUAUUCGAUACCAAAGCUAGGAUGCUGAGACUGAGGGCAUUCAUCAACAUCGUCAAAGGUCGAGGGAUUCAGAUAUCGAUAAGUGCACCGUACUGGUUGAUCAACAAAACCGGAAUCCCGCUGGUGUUCCGACAGGACGAUCUGGACUGUGAAAGUGCCGGUCAAUUUUCCGAGAAUGAACAAGCCCGAAUGAUAUCACCUUUCAUGUUCUCCUUCUCGGAUCCGUCUUGCUCUGGAUGUUUGACCAUGCGACUUGGCAAACGCUUCGGACCAUCGGUGAGUUACUGUCAACCUUUCAAACUGGACCAGGGCAUCAAACAUCGACAACUGAUCGGAGGUAGUGAAUCGUUCAUAAUCGGAAUUGAGGUUCAAAGGGCGCGUGGUCGAUACAACCAAACGUCCAUAGUGACCUUCUCCCCACGGUAUCAGCUGUACAAUCGAAGCUCCUACAAACUUCAAGUGCUGCAGAAGUGCUUUACCACUACGGUUUACGACGCGAUUGCCAAAUCCAAUUCUAUAGAAGCGGUUCCCGGAUGCCAUAUAGCUUAUCACUGGCCACGUCUAGACAAGGUGCAGGAGCUGUGCGUCCGUCUUCCGGAAAUCCAGGAAUGCUUGUGGUCCGCUGGAAUUCCCAUCCGGGAAACACAAAGUCUCUACAUAAACAUACGAACCGUCAACGGUGCUAUGCAUUUCCUCAGAUUGGAAACCAUACUCCAAGGAGCGACGACCUUCAUGAUCUUCAGCGAUGCCCAGUCGCUUCCGCCUCCCAUUCGCUUGGACAACUACUCCGAAGUGCCUAUCGUGUUCCACCAGCGAGCCUUACCACACGUUGAGAAUCACUUGAAGUCGUACGUCAGACCGCACAGUUCCAUAGCCUAUGUACUGGACGAGCCCCUGGGGUACCAAUAUCUGCAGCUUGAAGCACCGGGUGGCGAUUACCAAGUCUGCCACCUCGACAGGUUUGACGAGUUCCGUUUAACCUACGAAAACUUCAUCUACAUUGCGUUUAGUCAGACAUUUGUGGCCACACCUUCGUUCGAAUUCGGCUCCACCAGUGAUCCGGAAUCGCAACAGCUCGUUCUCGGGGUGGUGGAUUCUCGAGUUGUGCUGGUUCGGAAGCAGGCCGGUGAUCGGUCGCAGCUCUGGCGGAUGAACCACGAGAAGCAAUUGGAACACGAAGGAUCUACACCACCGAGCGAACCGGGGAAGAAACAGCAACGGUUCGUGUUAGAUUUGGACAGGCCUCCGCAGCCGACGCAGUUCAUCAAUCUGGUUGUUCGACCGGCGAAUCGGCAGCGGAAGUCGACUCAGACCUGGAGGUUCACCGAGGAAGGCCGAUUGAUGUGCGAACAUUCGAACAUGUGCGUUCAAGCUAGAGGCGGUAUUUUCGGACUGCAGGCCGGAUCCGAAGCCGUCCUAGGUAUGUGCGUGUCGGAUACUAAGGCACUAAAUCGAUUCGGAGUACCGUACGAUCAGGCGAUCGAGCGUCAAAAGUUGCGACCGGGCUCGGGAUGCCUCUCGGUUAGGCACAUCAUGGACGGUCCGAUCAAGUGUAUCGAAAUCAAGGAUGUGAAGAACCUUGCCGGAGGUCCCUUGGCUCUGGAUGCCUCCUGGAAGCACGUUUCACACAUCCUGCAUGAACGAACUGGGAGGAGAUCGUUUGAAAUGCUUCAAAACAAAGAACAGAACGAGUACAACGUGAUCGUGAAGCUCAAAAGAGGCAUCGGGUUGUCUCUCAUUUCCAACCAACCUUGCGAAGAACUGGCCUACGCCGCAUUGGAAGACAUUAAAAUGCAACUGACUUCUACGCCCAGCGAAGUAUCGCUAGAUUUUAGCGUUGGCGAUAUGCAGAUCGACAAUCAGCUCUUCGAGACCUCCUGUCCCAUUAUGAUGUACACGAUCAACCCUUCUUCAAGCAACGACACCCCAAAUUCGGCAACGGCGCGAUCCCUUCAACUAGACGUCACCCUGCUACCUAGCCCAAACACCAAUGCCGUAAUCUUCAAGCACUUCCUGCUACAAGUUCAACCGGUUGCCGUCUACCUAGAGGAACGUCUCAUUCUUCGAAUGAUCAAAUUCUUCGGUCUCGCCAAAAGCACUACCCUUCCGGCAGCCCUUCCGGACGAAUCCGACCACGAAACGCAGAAAAUUAUCUACAAAGUCUUGGACGCGAACGUGAAGCGCUACUACUUCGGUAACCUGCAAAUCAUUCCUAGUCAAAUCCGGCUGAGCUUCAUAACCGCCUCCAAGCUGGCGCCGGAGUUCGCCGAAAUCAAGCGCAACCUCGGAUUCACCUUCAUCAAGUUCGAAGACGCCGUCAUCAGCUUUGAAAAGUUCACGCACAAGUGCCACUUUGAGACAUUGGACGCGUACCUAAAUGCCAUCAAGUCCCACUACAAGCAGGAAAUCAAAUGGCAGGCGGCCAACAUUCUGGGCUCGGUGGAUUUCCUGGGUAAUCCGCUAGGAUUCGCCAACGACCUCACCGAAGGCGUAUCAGGCCUACUGCUGGAAGGGUCCAUCUCCUCAUUGGUCAAAAACGUGACGCACGGCAUCUCUAACUCAACGGCCAAACUGACGGAAACCAUAUCGGAUGGGCUGGGGAAGGUCGUUUUCGACGACGAGCACGUAGAGAACCGACAGAAGAUCCUGGAUGUGGCCCUUUCGGGAGGCAGUGGCAGCACAACCGGAGAUCAUCUAGUAGCUGGAUUUAAAGGAUUCACAUAUGGUUUGCUAGGUGGAGUAACUAGCGUUGUCAAACAUACCUACCAGGGUGCCGUAAACGAUGGGUUCUCCGGAUUUGUCACAGGUUUGGGCAAAGGUCUGGUUGGAACGGUGACAAAACCCGUCAUCGGAGUUCUGGAUCUUGCCUCAGAAACGGCCAAUGCCGUUCGGGAGCAAAGCAAGAGCUCUAGUCGUAUUCUUCCGGAACGUAAACGGCACCCUAGGGUCGUAACCGGAGCUCCCGGAGGACUUCUUCCCCCGUACUCUAGCAUCCAAAGCAAGGGCCAACAAUAUCUGUUCCUCAUCAACAAACGCAACUUCUCCGAGCACUUCAUGGCUUACGAGCCGUGUCUCCUGGAUACCAAAGACUCCAAAAUGCGACUCCUCGUUUCGGCCGAAAACGUGUGGGGCUUCUCCAAGAACGAAGAGACCACAACGAUAGUGUUCCAAUAUCCCCUCAGUGACAUCAUCUCUUGCCACCCGGUCGUGGUUCCUCCACCAACUUCGUCGGACUCGAGCUCUCGUACCCGGAGGACAACGUACAUCGAAUUUUGCUUGACACUCCCGUCCAAAUCGCUGACCCCAAGCGCACCGGAAAUGGUCAAGCGACCACGCGUCCGAUGCCAAAACGAGGACAUCGCCAAGAAAAUCUGUCACCACAUCAAUUUUGCAAAAUGCAUCUACGACGAACGCGAACAAACGCUCUAUUCGAACGCUGUGAUUGAAACGUAAAAAAGUGAUUUGGUUUCAACCUUAUGUAAAAAAAACAAUACACAAAUUACGGAAAGAAUUAUACACCCCAUCUAAUUCGCUACUUUAUACAUAGAACACAGAAAAAAAAACGGAAACAGGAAAAUCAAAAAGAAUGUAAUAAGUACUCGCUAUGCUAUUAUUUCCCCUUUUGGGGCUGUGAAAGGUUAACAUGUUACGUUCUGGGCCGACGCCGUCUAUUUAUUGGUAGGUACCUUUUUUCUUUUAUUUUUAAGGAAAAAGAAAUCCCGAUUUAUAAAAUCCCCCACAAAAUUCUUUACUGUUGAAAUAUAAAUUAUUUUGUAGAUGAGAAAAAGAAAAUGAUCAAA